UUGAGUAAAGAUUUGGAUUCCACCUUGAUCAAAUAUCAAAACGCGCUCGAUAAUGUUACUUUUGGUUGUAAACCAUGUUUGGGCUGCGUACUCCAGGUAUUACAGUAGGGAGAUAAACUACUGUCAAUAGUGGGAUAGUAAACACGGAGUUAAGAUAACAGAAAACAUGGGAUUUUCGCAACAAAUUCCAUGGCGGAAGGUGAAGCUGAUUUGUUUGGUGAGUGUCCUCGUGAUAGUCAUGCACAUUCUCUGGACUUUUACAGCGACUUCUUUAAGUGAGGACCCUGCGAUGGAAGUGAGAAGAGGGCGCCCCGACAGCUAUGAAGUGAAUAUGCAUGGACAUAUAUUUCCGAGUAUUGAAAAAACAAAAGUAGUCCAACAAUAUUGUAAGAAAGUAGAUCCGAUUCGGGGGGUGAUUUCAACGUACGAUUUACCAGAAGAGACAGACUAUAGCUUAAAUACGAAUGGAAAAUAUCCGAUUCCGCAAGAACUUUAUGAAGCAGAUAAAAAUGGAACUGUUGAUGACCAGAUAGAAGUGAUUCUCGUGCCCUUCUCGCACGCUGAUCCGGGUUAUGGGAUGACGUUCGAAGGAUAUUAUACACAGCGAUUUGUUCACGUGUUCAGCAAUAUGGUGGACUAUCUGACGUCACACGGGAACAUGACGUUUCAAUGGGCGGAGACGGUCUACCUCGAGCGCUGGUUCCGGGAAAUAAACGAUGAAAUGAAAAAGAAGGUGCGGGAACUUAUCAGACGCGGUCAGUUGGAAAUAGUUCUCGGAGGAUGGGUCAUGCCGGACGAAGCAUCAACACAUUACCAACCCGUGGUGGACCAAUUAAUUGAAGGUCAUCAGUGGUUACAAGAAAAUCUUGGUGUCACACCCACAAACGCCUGGAUAAAUGAUCCGUUCGGCUAUUCGUCCACUAUGCCGUACCUUUGGAAGAAAAGUGGCAUUGACAAUAUGGUGAUUUUGCGCAUACACCAGGCUAUCAAAUCAACGAUUAUACGUAAGCGCGGGAUGGAUUUCAUGUGGCGACCAUAUUGGAACAGCAAUAAUAACAACGAUAUUCUCACCAAUUUAAUGCCAUAUUUCGGCUACUGGCCUGGCGACGUGUGCGGACCAGACCCAUCAAUUUGUAGCCAGUUCAACUUCCUUCAUUUACCGAGCACAGAAGCUAAACCAGUUACUGAUCAAAAUGUCCAUGAACUGUCGGAGAAACUGUACAAGACAUAUAGGUUUACCUCCAGGAUCUAUCAGUAUAAAACGCUGGUAAUGUUCCUGGGCGAGGAUGCAUCUUACGACAAUAGGAAUGCUUUCAAAGACGUACAUGAGAAUUUCGGUAAAUUAAUAAACUACAUUAAUGGAAAACCAGAGUGGAAAAUGAACGUUCGAUUUGGAACAAUUAGGGACUAUUUUGAAAAAGUAAGAAGAAACGAAAAGGAAAUGAAAACAGUAAGAUCUGAAAAUCAAUUUCCAGUAAUCAGCGGAGACUUUUUCCCCUAUUCUGACUACGAGCAUGAUGUUUGGACAGGAUACUUUACCACAAGGAUAUGGAUGAAACGUUUUACCCGCGAAAUCGAACCUGUCAUUCGAGCAGCCGACGUUUACAGCGUGAUAAUGUAUUACCGCUGUAUCGUCGGUAAUAAGUGUGGUACUAACGUCAAUGGUACGUUUAAUGAUGUGAUGAAGUUACUGAGGGAAGCUAGGAGGGAAGUUGGAAUGUUUCAGCACCACGAUGGUAUCACGGGGACCUCUCUUCCGUUUGUUGUUAAUGAUUAUGAAGAACGUUUACAGCGUGCAUUUAGAUCAGCGCGGUCGGCAUUGGCAACAACAGUAAGCACCCUUUUGUCAGGAGGAAGAGUGACGUCAUCACAGGCCCUCAUGAACGUACUCGAGAAACAAAAUGCCAAAACAAUUUUAGGUUUAAGAGAACUUAAACUUAAGCCCGACGGAAUGAAACUUGUAGUCGCAAACUCUGUUGUACGAAAUUCUGAAGAUGUAGUAAAUUUCCUCUUAACAAGAGAUGACAUCGUGAUUUUAGAUGCAUUUGACAGAAAUGUUAAUUUCCAAGUGUCUGAACCCCCUGGGGGUGUACACAGGGCACUGAAAAUGAUUUCAUUUAAAACUGCUCUGUCGCCAUAUGAACUUAAAACAUUUACAGUCAAGCUUUCAUCAGAUAAAGGUCAAAAACCUGCCAGAACUAACACGUUACAGGGAGAACUUAAUUCGGACGAACCCAAGGUUAUGACAAUUGCAAACAAGUACAUUGAAGUAAAGGUAAACGCACUCACGGGCAACUUAGUAAGCAUAAAGAAUAAUAAUGGGAAAACCACAACUUUGAGGUCAAGCUUCAUGAAAUAUAAACCCGACAAAAGCGGUGCGUACCUUUUUGGACCUUUUGGGCAAGCCGAGCCGAUCUCUCCAAUUGUUGACGGAAAGCCAACCAUUCAAGUUGUCCGUGGAGAAAUGUUCUCCGAGAUAAGAGUUUCACAUAAGUCAGGAUUUGAACAACGGUUCACUGUUUACAAUGUGGAUGAUAUAAAGGGCACGGGGUUGUAUAUCACAAAUGAAAUUACCAUGAGAAUAGAACCUUCCUUAAAAAAUGCUGAGCUCAUUAUGCGUUUCGAGACGGAUAUUGAAAAUGGAAAUAUAUUGUAUACCGACCAAAAUGGGUUUCAGUUGAUGGGAAGAAAAACUUAUUCAAAUAUGACAAUUGAGAUGAACUAUUACCCUAUUUCUACCAUGGCGGUAAUAGAAGACAGUGCUAGACGACUCACCGUACAUGCUGGCCAGUCUCACGGGGUGGCGUCGCUAAGAGAAGGUUGGCUGGAGGUAAUGCUGGACAGGAAUGUUCAGAGGGAUGAUAAGAAGGGUCUUGGACAGGGAGUCAACGAGAUGGAGCUCGUUCUCACCGAAUUCGUCAUACAGGUAGAGCAUAAAUCAUCGCUGGAACCAGUUACAGAGCGGCGAUACACGUAUCCAUCAAUAAACAGUCUUAUAUUAAACGAGAAGUUACAAAAUAAAGUACAUGCCUUUUCAAUUGAACAUAGCGCUGGUGAUUUCCAUACUGGCCUGCAAACUUUCUCUGACAUUUUAUCUUGCAAUGACUUUAUUGUUGGUUUGCGAAUGUUAUUGAAAGAAGAUCUUUCACCAAGAGGAAUAAGUCUAGUUUUACAUCGGAAGUCAUCAAGCUGUUUAUUUCCGAAGGAAAGGGUUAUGUGUUCAACAGACAAUGUAUCACUUCAUGUGGAUACGUUCUUAAGUGCCUUAAACAUAAGUAAAACAUUAACUAGAUCUGUAGCUGAAACUUCUUUGUCUCAUUUACAUACAUUAAAGACCUUGGACUUCGGGUCAGAUAUCCGGCCACAGCAAGGUGAGCUAAGAAGUUUCGUCAUUACACCUGCAAACGCCAAGUCAACGAAACUUGAAAACAAAAUUCUUCAAGAAUCUUAGGUUAAUUGGCACCUUGGGUUUCAUUUCUAUGUAUGUUUGUGCCAUAUUGCUAUCUGUUCGUUGCAUUGUGUAGUUAGCUCAUUUAAAAACAUAUCCGAGAUCUGUUAUUCUCAAAAGUGUAAUUAAAUUAUUUUUUGUACAUACGAGAUAUAUAUGCAUUUUCAGAUGCACAAACCGUUUUACUGUUCAGCUCUUAUUAAUUUUCGUUUACUGGUAAUCAAUGUGUUUCGGAACUUCUUGAAUGAAUUGGUUACAUAUUCAUUUCAGAACUUUGAUAAAUUUAACAGAGAGGUAAACAAUUGGCCCAAUGAAUCAAUAUUUAUACCAUGUGUUUCAAUAAAGGCAGGUAUUGGCUGA